GUCUUAUCAAGUGUCGGAGCGUGUGGUGUGAUGACACACUUUCGAUUGUAUUAUCGAACUACGGGAUCAUAAUUAGAAAAAAAAAACAAUGGAGGUGUUGGAAAAUUUCGAGAACGGGGUGUCGGAAACGACGCUGUUGUAUAUUUGGUUGAAUAGCGCCGCGACGGCAGUAUGAGUCCUUCGAAAGGUAAACUUGGGACAGUAUCAAACAAGAAUCGACGCUUGCGAGAUCGUCGUCGAGGUAAACAGCGUCGCCCGCGAUACGUCGCAGGCGUUUCGACGCUAAUGUAUGCCGCACAACAAGGAGAUGUCGAUGUCGUUAGAAAAAUUAUUGGGGUUGAGAGCUCUUCACUUUUUCAACGAGAUCGUACCGGUAAAACUGCUCUGCAUUAUACUAGUACCAGUAGUAGUCGUUGCGCUUCACAAGCAGCGGAUCUCAUGGUCAUGGCUGCUCCCGAAUUGGUAGAUGGUAGGGACGAGGAUGGGUUUACGCCGCUACAUCUAGCGGUAAUUGCCGGUAACAUGCAAUUAGUUACUUUUCUUUUAGCUAACAGGGCCGAUGUCAAUGCCGUCGAUAAUGAAAAACACACCGUUGUUCAUUGGGCUGCCGUUUGUGGGGAAACGGCUGCACUAAGGGCAGUACUAGCUGCAGGAGCGCGCGUUUCAACUCCAGACGUCCAUGGGGGGUAUCCUCUACAUUACGCUGCUCAAAUGUGUGGGGGAGAUCGCGAUUCAAAUUUGGGUAUGCAAGUGCUCCAAACCCUUCUUUCGCACCCGGAGAUAAAAGUCUCCGAAACGGACGUCGAUAAAAGACAACCGCUGUUAUGGGCCGCUAGCGCCGGUUCCUCUAGAGCCGUACUAGCUUUAAUUAGAGCUGGAGCUAAUGUGGAAGCUAGCGAUAAAGAUGGUCUAACUGCUUUACAUUGUGCAGCCUCGAGAGGUCAUACCGAUUGUAUGGAUACCUUGUUAACUUUAUGCGGAGCUUCGGUGGAUGUUAUAGACACUAAUGGUUGUACCGCUUUACAUUACGCCGUUACUUUGGGACACGCGGAUGCUACGGCUCUUCUUUUAGCUCACGGAGCCGAUCCUAAUCGACAAGAUCGGAAAGGUAGAAGCCCAGCGCAUUGCGGUUGCGCCAAAGGACAAUUCGAAACUGUUAAAUUAAUUGGUGUACAUGGGGCUAAUUUAUGGUUAAGGAACGCGAGAGGUGAUUUACCUCUUCACGACGCAGCUGGUAACGGUAGAAGAGAAUUGGUUAAGUGGCUUCUGGAGAUGAGACCUAGUCAAGUAAACGCCAGAAAUAAUGACGGUAGAUGUCCGUUACAUAUGGCGGCGCUUAACGAUAACGCCGACAUGUGUAAGAUUCUAUUAGACAAUGGCGCUCAAGUAAAUCCAGUUCUUCGUACUUCGAAAAAUGUUUUUAUGACACCACUAGAUUGCGCUCUUCAACGAGGCUACAGAUCCACUGCCAAAUAUUUGCAACUCCAAGGAGGAGUACCGGCUAGUAGACUCAACGACCCCAAACAAAGUAAUAGUGCCUUAAAUUUCCAUAUCAGAGACGACGUUACAUUCUACGGAGACGUUUCUUCGGAAAGCGAAAAAGAAAUUAAAAAAACCGUUAAAAAGAAAAAAGUUUCGAUGUCUAGUAGCGAAAUAUCGGAAAGAGAAAAAUCUACUAAAAGUAGAAUCGAUUAUAGUAACGAAAUAACUAUUAACGGUAAAACUGAAGUGAAAAUUUCGGAAAAUAAGGAAAUUAUAUUCGAUAAAGAGUCAGUUCAAACUCAAACAUCGGCCAAACUUAGAGAAAAUUCUAAACGAGAUAAAUCAGCACAAUCUUCUUUAAACAAAGAACCGAUGAUCAGUAUAUCAAGUCAAGCUACCGUCUCGAAGAUAGAUCACAGCACUUGUACUACUACCGAAGAAAUUAAUCAACAAUCUACCAGUGAAGAAAAUGAAGAAACUAAAAAAGAUAUUUUGGUAGAAGCUGCCAUACAUCCCCAACCAAAAUCAAUACCAGAUGAUAUUAUUAACGAUAUUAAUGAAGAAAAUGUUAAUGUUAUAGAAAAGGUACAAGAUGAUAUCGAUGUUGUAGUCGAAAAAGAAAAAUUAACAAAAAAUAUUGAAAAUCUAAACGAAAUAUCGAAUUACGAAAAAAUAGAAGACGAAACUCAACCAGAUUUAGGAGAUUUUGUACAAAUAACUGAUAAAAAAGAAAUAGAAAUUGAAGAAGAAGCUAAAAAGAUCGGUACUAUGGAAAAUAUUCCAAACGAAGUUAACAAAACUGAAAAUAAUACAAAAGAAAUAGCAAAAACUACAGAUGAAAUUAAAACUGAUUCAAUCGAAGACAAAACUCAACCAGAAUUAGAAGAUUUUGAACAAAUAAUUGAUAAAAAAGAAAUAGAAAUUGAAGAAGAAGCUAAAAAUAUCGAUACUAUUGAAAAUAUUCCAAUCGAAGUUAACAAAACUGAAAAUUAUGAUACAGAAGAAAUACCAAAAACUACAGUCGAAGUUACAAAUGAUAAAAUUGAAAAUUUAAAUACCGAACCAUCAAAAAAUGAAGUAAAGGAUGAGAGUGUUAAACAAAAUAAAGAAAAUUUCAGCGAUAUAAAAAUUAAACGAAACAAAGAAAAUGAAGAAUCGAGUUCGUCGGACGACGAUGAAUUCUCGUCUAAAUCUCAUAAGAGUUUUCGUGUUUUGCGAGACGAGGAAUCAAACUAUUCAACUGCAAACAAAACGAGAUCAAAAUCACUCGAUAAAAAAUCGAAAAAAGACAAAUUAAAAAGUAAAAUACCGACUCCACUAUUCAAAAGUACGUUAUCUAAAAGCGAUAGACAUUUAAACGAGUUUUACAAAGAAACUAAUUUAGAUACGAGAAUUCCGUCGUUGCCGAACAUUCGAGAUGAGAGAAAUACGAUACGAGAACAUGUUAGAUGCGAUUCCAACAUGUCGGCGCCGAUGCUCACUUCGAUUUUAAGCGAUAAAGAUAAAGAUAGUUUAUCCGAAAUGGAAGACGAGAUCGGUACGAAAACGAAACGAUUCGUUAAGAAGAGAUCCAGAAAUCGCGAAGCGAGAAGCGCCGGAAGCGAUUACGAAAGUAGUAAUUUGAUAGAUUCCGGUUUCGAACCGAGUCCGAGGAGUACUAGAACCACGAAAUGGAAAAAUAUGUCCGAUAGGGGCGUCAAUAUGGCAUCCGUUACACAAAAUAUUCAAACGAAUAUAAGAAGAUACCAUCUCGAAAGGAAGAUAUUUCAGCAACUACUCGAACUAAAACGUCACCAGAUCCGAGCCGGUCAACACAACGAAGCCGUUUUAGUCAAAAGAGCCGUAGAAGCUUAUCACAAAUCUUGCGCUUCGACUGUAGGCGUCGGCCGUUAUACAACCGAAGAUUACACAUUCAAAAGCUUCGAAAAAUUCUUAUACGAAGCUCUGAGGAAAUUACAGAAAAACGGCGCCGAAUAUAUGCGCGGUCUUCCCGCCAAUCCCUUGUUAUGUACCAAAAGUACCAAUCGAUGUAUGCACGCCGCGCACGCGUACACCGGCGUUCCUUGCGCGGCUUAUCUACCGAAAAUGGAUCAUCACUCGAUACCGAAAAUUGGUUUCGAUUCAGUGGAUUGUAAACCGGGUACCGGCCGGUUUUUACCGACAAUUAACCCUAAAAAAACGGUAACUUUGGAAUUAACCCACGGGACUGAUAAACAAGUUAUUUCUUUACCUACCAAUAAACUUGAUCAAAACAAAAGGUACUACGUCACUUUUACCGUUAAAGGACACGAAGCAAUCUCCGAUGAUAGUAAUAAUGAUAAGAAAAAAGUAUCGGCUCAUAAACAUUCGAAAAGCGAUUAAAAUCGACUGUAUUACGUAAUAAUCGAUUUGUGCUAACUAGAAGUUCUGUGUCGAUUGAUGUCGUGUUCCGUCCUACAAUGUAUCAUCGUAUUAGUCGUUUCGAAACUUCGGCCAUAUUGUCUCGUAUUCAAGAGCUUUUUUCGUUUUUGUUGUUUUCGAAUUUUAAAAGUGUUUGAAGUUGUUGUUUACUUUCGCACAACACUGUAUAUUAGUGUAACGGGGUGUAACAAAAAAGUAGGUGAUAAAUUGAACCACACUUUCUGCCGUUGCAACGGACAUGAAUCUCUUUGAGUAAAUGUGCACAAAAGAAAGUGCACAGCUCUCGAAAGAUCAAUUUUGAAUUGAAAAUUUUAAAAGUUUUUUUAUAGCAGUAUCUGCAAAAGAACAGUGAAGAAAUUGAUAACUUUGAGUCUUCCCCAAACCUUCAUAAAGGGUUUCCGUUUUCCAGAAUACAUAUUUUUCAACGUUUUCAAUUGGUUUCUGAUGAAAUUUAAUUGAAAUUUCAUUGAUUCGAUGCCUUUUGCUUGAUGUCUUCGAUUAUCUCACCUAAAGACACUUCUUCUACAACAAAAGUCUUCAAAAUAGUCAUUGGGGUUGAGAUCUGGUCUUCUAGAUAUCCAAGACGUUAAGUUUCUUACGAAAUCUAAUUGAAAUUCUUCGAUUAUUUCUAUUAAUUUGCUUCAUCUAGUUUCAUCUAAUUUCUAUAGUUCCCAAUUUAAAUUUUCCAAGUGUUUUCCUUCUAAAAACACGUGGUUUAGUUAAAGAUCUAUCUUUUUAUUACACCCUGUAUAUUGAUAAUGAAUUGUACGUUGAAAAGGAGUUUAUUUAUUUGAACAUUGAUAUAAUGUAUAUAUUUUAAAUUUUCGUUAAGAAUUUCGUUGUUAUUUUUCUAUAUUUAUUACGUUGGCAACUUUCCUGAUUGAAACACCCUGUAUAUAAUUAUAUCUAUACAGAUUUGGACUCUUGUUGUUUAUUUUAUCAGUAAAGCUGCCAGCUGUGGUUAUCUAAAUUACGAGGGUGCCUGGAAAGUAUCCGACUUAAUAAUAAUAAUUAUAAACUUAGUUCUAGCCUUUUUUAAAAUUAUUUCUCUACCUAGUAAAAAGAAAAAGUCUAUGGGGGAUAGAUAAGGCUAACCAAUUCGAAAUUUAAUGGAGACUAGAAAAUUUUGAGUUAAAAAAAAUAUGAAACAUCCAAAUAUAAAAAAAAAUUAAAAAAGUUGUGGUCGGAAAACUUUACAGACAAACCUUGUAUUUCGGAAUACGUUUUAUUUGAAUUGGAUUGGAUUAAUUCCAACAAAAUUUUAAUAAAACAUUAUAUUUCAUUAA